AUGGAGGGUCGUGGAGCCCGCACGCCGCUGCUCGAAUGCGGGGAGUAUCACCCGCACAAGACGGCUACCCCGCGAUGCUGCUUCUGGCUGGCGAGCCACGUCAAUGUGAGGAAAUGCGUGGCCGGUGUCAUGUUGCUCUCCGUCCUCACCAUAUUCUUCUAUACGUAUUACGUGACCGCUCCGUUGACGAGCCUUGUAUGGAGAGAUCGAGUUCCUCGGCCGCUGUCGCAGUGUUCCCUCCUUGCAUCGCAGCAGCAGGCCCGGGAUCACCGAUCAGACGCGCGUCUGCGCAUCGAUGCAAAAGUCCUGGUUAUCGCUGAGUCCUUAUACUCGCGGCUUGGACGAGACAUCGCAGAAUUGCUUGUCGCUAACAGAAUACGGUAUAAAGUGGAGGUAGCAGGCAAAAGCCUGCCGGUCCUUACCACGUUGGACAAGGGUCGAUACGGAGUAAUUGUGUUCGAGUCUCUAUCGAAAUACGCGAACAUGGACAAGUGGAAUCGGGAACUUCUCGACAAAUACUGUCGAGAAUACUCGGUAGGGGUUGUGGGGUUCGCCACACCCGGCGAGGAGACACUCGUAGGGGCCCAGCUGAAAGGAUUCCCACUCUUCAUGCAUACCAAUUUAAGGCUUAAGGAUGCAUCAUUAAACCCAGCAUCACCAGUACUAAGAUUAGCACGGGCUGGUGAGACAGCUUGGGGCCCACUGCCUGGUGACCACUGGACGGUGUUUAGGCCUAAUAGUUCCACUUACGAACCUGUUGCGUGGGCUUCAAGGGAGAACGAAUAUGGAGCGAAUGAAGACCACAUACCGCUAGCUACAGUUAUGCAAGACCACGGUCGUUUGGACGGCGUCCAAAGGGUCCUGUUUGGGGCCGGGCUGCAGUUCUGGUUACAUCGGUUGCUGUUCCUCGACGCGUUGAGUUACCUCAGUCAUGGCCAGUUGAGCUUGAGCCUCGACCGGUGGAUACUUGUCGACAUUGAUGAUAUCUUCGUGGGGGAACGAGGUACGAGAUUACACGAAGAAGACGUGUCAGCGUUAAUGGCGUCGCAAGUGGCUCUGCAGCGGCUGGUCCCAGGCUUCAGGUUUAACCUUGGCUUCAGUGCUAAGUAUUAUCACCAUGGAACGGCUCUGGAGAAUCGCGGAGAUGAUUCUCUAUUGAAGAAUCGAGAGCAUUUUAGCUGGUUUUGUCACAUGUGGAACCACCAGCAACCCCAUCUCUACAACAACGUGUCACAGUUGGAAUCAGAAAUGAUGCUGAACAAGCAGUUUGCCAUGGAGCAUGGAAUACCCACAAAUUCAUGCUACUCGGUCUCGCCGCACCAUUCGGGCGUGUACCCAGUGCAUGAGCCGUUGUACGAAGCCUGGAGGAAGGUGUGGGACGUGAAAGUCACAAGUACUGAGGAAUAUCCACAUUUAAGACCGGCUAGGUUGCGUCGUGGCUUCAAGCAUAGAGGCGUCAUGGUGCUACCUCGGCAGACCUGUGGGCUUUUCACGCACACGCUAUUGCUGGAGAGAUACCCGGGCGGGCGGGAACGACUCGACAAGUCGAUCCAGGGCGGCGAGCUUUUCCAGACUGUCAUCAAUAAUCCUAUAAAUAUCUUCAUGACACAUAUGUCGAAUUACGGCAAUGAUCGACUGGCCCUCUACACCUUCGAGUCCGUCGUGAAGUUCCUCCGAUGCUGGACCAACGUGCGUCUCGCGUCAGCACCUCCGCUGGCUCUAGCUGAGAAAUACUUUCAACUCAGACCAGAUGAGCUGAACCCAUUGUGGGGGAACCCCUGCGACGAUGCCCGCCACAGACGGAUCUGGUCCAAGUCGAAGUGGUGCGAUACGUUACCCAAAAUCCUGGUCAUCGGGCCUCAGAAGACAGGAAGCACCGCGCUCUACACGUUCCUGGCGAUGCAUCCAGUCCUGGUACCGAAUCAACCCAGCCCGAUUACAUAUGAGGAACUCCAGUUCUUCAAUAACAACAACUAUAUGAAGGGACUAGAUUGGUAUCUAAACUUCUUUCCGCCGAACCAGAGCAACGCAUCCCAAAUAACCUUUGAAAAGUCGGCGACGUAUUUCGACGGUGAUCUUGUACCGCGACGUGCGCACGCGCUGCUACCAAACGCGAAGAUUAUUGCUAUACUAAUCUCGCCUUCUAAAAGGGCCUACUCGUGGUACCAGCAUAUUCGGUCGCACGGCGAUCCUGUGGCAAACAAUAACACCUUCCACGCCAUCAUCUCAGCGAAUGACUCCGCGCCGAAACAGCUAAGAGACCUAAGAAACCGUUGCCUCAAUCCGGGCAAAUACAGCCACUACUUGGAACGAUGGUUGUCGGAGUACAAUUCACAUCAGUUCCAUAUAAUUGAUGGAUCACUGCUUCGCUCUGAACCAGCUAUAAUUAUGAACACCUUGCAGAAAUUCCUUAAAAUACCUCAUAUUGAUUACCACAAGUUGCUUAAGUAUGACGCAAAGAAAGGUUUCUUCUGUCAAGCUGUCAACGAAAAAACGAAAUGUCUGGGUAAGUCCAAAGGUCGUGUAUACCCACCGAUGGAGGACAGAUCAGCGAAAUUUUUAAAGCGAUAUUACACUCCUCACAACACAGCUUUGUCGAAGCUUCUUGUGAGAUUAGGCCGGCCGGUCCCUCAGUGGCUGAAGGAUGAACUAUCUAAUGGAUAG